AUGCCGGCGAAGCAGAGGACCCAGAGCAGGAACCCUGACAUAGUCAGGGGGAUUGGCAAAUUUUCGAGGUCGGAGAUGUACCACAAGAGAGGUUUGUGGGCUAUCAAGGCCAAAAACGGCGGCGUUUUCCCCCGCCACGACGCUAAGUCCAAGGUCCAAGCUCCGGCGGAGAAGCCUGCCAAGUUUUAUCCAGCUGAAGACGUCAAGAAGCCCCUCGCCAACAGACGCAAGCCAAAGCCUACCAAGCUUAGAUCCAGCAUCACUCCAGGAACAGUGUUGAUCAUCCUUGCUGGUAGAUUCAAGGGCAAGAGAGUUGUCUUCCUCAAGCAACUUUCUUCUGGUUUGCUUUUGGUAACAGGACCAUUCAAGAUCAAUGGUGUACCAUUGAGACGUGUGAACCAGGCCUACGUGAUUGGAACUUCCACAAAGGUCGACAUUUCUGGAGUCAACAUUGAGAAAUUCGAUGACAAGUACUUCGGUAAGGUUGCUGAGAAGAAGAACAAGAAAUCUGAAGGCGAGUUCUUUGAAGCUGACAAAGAGGAGAAGAAAGAGAUCCCAACAGAGAAGAAGGACGACCAGAAAACCGUUGAUGCAGCUCUGAUCAAAGCCAUUGAAGCAGUUGCAGAGCUCAAGACUUACCUUGGCGCCAGGUUCUCAUUGAAACAAGGAAUGAAACCCCAUGAGCUUGUGUUCUAG